CACUUGUUUCUUUUUCCUAAUAUUACUUACAUAACGAGUAUGUAUGAAUUUCAAGAAUAUUGCCGUUGUACGAGCAAGCCUAAGCGACCAACGAUUUUUCUUGCUAUUAGACCACUAAUACUUUACUAAAUAAAUCAAACCAUUUUCAAAUUAUUCCUUUCCUUCUAGCAUUACCGAAUCUCGUUUUCACUUUACAGAACUCAGAUCAUUUGAUUGGUUGUAUUUUUUCUAAAUAGCCUCUUACCGACAUUUCCCUAAAUACAACAGCCAGAUGGGUGCACCAUGGUGCUUAUAUUAACAUACAUCCGAUUAAGUAAGCACGAAUUAAAUUAGUAUUUUUUUGCAAAAAGAAGGUAAAUCAUACCUUACUGUAGCCUUACAGGCUGACGAAAUAGGUUCAGGCAAGUCUGAGCCUCCAGUACAAGGUUGAGAGGAGCACAGACACGUUUUUCGAAAUCAAUUAGAGUCAUCUGAAAUAACCAAAGCAUAGCUAGGAGUAUGAAUCACUUUAGAUAUAUGUAUCUUGAAGAAAAAAGUAUCUUUUAUCUUUACGGACUUGCUUGUGGGUAGGUACAAGGUUUGAGUACUUUUAGGUCAUUCCUCGACGUUCCCGUAUCGUGACGGCUGUUUGUUCCUGCUGCAAGAAUAGGAUCCUCGGUGUAGCAAUGGCCUUAUAGUUCCUAUUCCGAAAACAACUUUCCUGCUGAAUCCCAUGCACGGCUUUCACCAACCGCAUGACAGUUAUGGCUUUCGUCCGACGGCUUCUUCCAACGCAUUCUCCAUCAAUAGCUAGCCUCAACAGGCCCUUUAACAAAGACCUGAGAUAAUCUUCAUCUACGUUUUCCGCACUUUUCCUUCCUAAUCGCUUGUUCAAGCUUUCGUUUAGCUGAGGCCAGCAGUUCCGGUUACAGCAAAAAAACCUUUCAAACUAACUUAGCUAAUUUCUACUCUUUUCCGCAAUAUACGAAUUUCCUUCUAUAAAAAUCCGUAUUUGCACAACAGAAAUACUAGAGAACGCACAAUCUGAAUAUAUUUGCGUAUCGUGUAAUUAUAAAUAAUGCAAAAAACAUAUUAAAUUAUUUUUCAUAAUUAAGUAAUUGUCCACGAGGAUAAAUGUAUUUUAAACGAUAACGUUUGUAAAAACUUACUCUGAAAAUGGUUUACAAACAUCAUAGUUUACGUUUUCUUGAAAAGACUAGGAUUCAAGCGUAAAGGUCCUAGAAAAUUUAAUGAGCGGUAGAAUUGCGUGAAUCGUUGUCUAUAUUUUUGCUCUCUAUAUUAACCUAUCUUACUGGUUUUGCGACUAUGGUAAAAAAUCAUCCAGCAUAUCUAUGUAUUUGCCCACUAGUGCAAAUAGUAACGAUCUCCUUCUUUCCACAAGGCAGCCAGACAGGCAGUGCUGUAUUUAUGACAGAGAAAAAGCCUCUGUACAAUGAUUAAGCCUUCGACACCCGUUAUUAAUAUAUUCUCGAAAUUACGUUAUAUAAGAAAUCCAUUUUCAUGUCAGGGGUCCUUUGAAGGCGUUAGUCAUCUUCAAGCGCAAGCUAACGCGCUGCGUAUAACAAAGACAAAUAUUUGUUUUACUUAUCUCUAUGACUCACGUUCAUUACACAAAACACAAACAUGCAAGAAAAUAAUUGUUUCGUUGCUAUAUUGGAACUUGCACCAAAGUCAUUUAUUUUUAUUUUUUAAUAGGGUAUAAUUUUGCAUGUCAUGUGAUUUUCUUUUAUAUUAUUUAUUGAAUUUUGGAGCUGUUAUGUGUUUCAAACGUCGCUGCUCUAUAAUCUAGGCUAUAAAUCAUGCAUAAGAGAUAAAUAGACUAACACUUAAAUGCUUAUUUUCCUAAAAUAUAUUGUUAAAUUUAUAUCUUUUUUUUUUUUUGUUAUGCUGUUUAUUUCACGUUCGAACUUAACUUUUAUUAUAUUGAACACAAUUAGUUUCCUAUUGAUGAUAAGACUGACGGAUUGAUGACGAAGAAUUGAUGAAUGUGAUGCGAGACAAUCAUCAUUGUAUUCACGUAACAAAUCUCUUGAGCCACAGAAGGUGUGGAAAUAAGCAAUAUGAACGUUUUUUCAAGUCGACCCUCGGUGCCUUACAACUUGCGAUGUUCUGAAAUCUCUUCUGCCAUAGUUGUCCAAAUGUACUAAUUAAAUAUUAUUCAACAUUUAGCAAAGUCAUAUUUCUCAUGCGCACAUGAGACAAUAAAUGAAGAUCUUGAUUUACAUAAAAGUAAAGGCGUUUUUAUAGUUCAUAGAGCGUUCUCUGGUACAAGCAGGGAGUGCGAAUCGCGUUCAGUGUUUCGAGCUGUGCCAUCGACACAGCGAAGAAUUAGCGCAUGUGUUGGCUAUAUUUCGAGCUGCACUUUAUGUAAACAAAAACAAUCACUUGGAUUGUAGGAGAAAUUCAGAAAUUAUAUUUGAGGAUUUUAAGUGAAUUAGUAAUUGAAACGUGCUGUGGUAGUAAGCGUAGCAUCGGGUGGAUGUCCGUUUUUGCUGUGAGCUAACUACAAUACAUCAUUAGCGUGAAUAAAGUCGAUAAUAGCCCGAGGGUGGAACAUCUGUUCUAAGCAGGUUUUCGUCCCAAGUUCAGGCUUCUGCAAUGGAAAUCUGCUAAUGGAUAUCCGAAUCUUCUUAGAAUUGAAGCUCUACGAUUGCCAGGAGACUGUUACGAUCAAGGGCCUGUGCGCUGAACUGGGUAUCUCAAUUUUUACCGCUCGGAAAGCUUUGAGCGAAUUUGUUGAGUCGUUGAGAAAUACGGAGAGUGCAAGUUAUCCCGUAGAUUUGAUUUACUAUUACGCCGACAUUUCUAAAGGCCGUGUAUCUCUAAAAUUUCGGCCUGUGACUUCAUUUGUCAGCAACCAUCACGUGGUUGCCAUUGCAGCCAAAUUUGAAGUUUAUGACCUAGUUGAAACCGACGUGGGCUAUUUGCUCGAGGGCCGUGUACCCACAAUUUUCGAGCCACCGAUUCCAGACUUGACUGAAACCAACUAGAUCAAAUAAUUGUAACCAUUUUUCUGAUGAAGUCAAUUAAUGCUAUUGAAGCAGUAACGGCUUGUGGAAAUCUUUCGAUUACGGAACAAGAGUACGCAGAAAUCGUAGCAUUCGGCAUUUUUCGUGCACAAAACUCUUUUGUAAUGACAUGUGUAGGCGACUAUUAUAAUAAUGGACGACCAGUCAAAUAAAGCCGAAGUGAAUUUUAGUUGCCAGCGAUGCGGCCAUCCGCUCAAGCUCGACUCUUCAUUUAGUGCCGUUGAUGACCGUCUCGCUACGGACCUGGCAGCACCAAUUGUAUUACUCAAACCUUCAGCGCACAACGAACAGGUGACGCCCGUGCAGUCGACAGAUGGAGUUACCAGACGUGUUACUACUCCGCUCCAGGUUGUGGAAGCCGGACCAGGUACGGGCAUUGCAGGCAAUGGUGACUUUAUGCUCGUUGGCAGCAAUGUCCAUCCAGAGGCUGGACGAUUUUCUCUCCAUCUGGAAAUGACUGCUCAGCUCUUCGAUGUGCUUACGGACGAAUCGGAAGUAGAGCAUCCGUUAUGCGAGGAUUGCACAGAUUCGUUGCUGGAUCUCAUGGAAGAUGAAUUGACGAUUGCCGAAGCUGAGGUAAAAGAUUAUAAAAAAUACCUUAGCGAGCGCAGCGAGAAUGACGAAGAAAGUCUUGAUCAGUUGGGUAUGGAGCUAAAGGAGCUUCAAGAUGAAGAACAAGAUUUGAUUGCACGACUGCAACGCGUCGAAACAGAGCGUGAGGAGGUAAUGAACAAAAGGAAAGCGUUAGCAGGCGAGCUGGAAAAAUUAGUCGAGGAUGAGAAAAAACAUUUCAAGGUUUAUAUGGACCUCAAGCGAGAGUGGAUGAACGCAACCGAUGAAAAGGUAUCUGUAGAGAAUCAACUUAAUUAUGCGAAAUCUCAACUGGAUCUCCUGGAGAAAACGAACGUUUUUAACGCCACAUUUCACAUUUGGCAUGAUGGACACUUUGGUACUAUCAAUGGUUUUCGUCUCGGCCGACUUCCAGAUAUUCCGGUUGAAUGGAAAGAAAUCAACAUUGCUUGGGGACAGACAGUUCAUUUGAUGAGUUCUCUAGCCAAGCGCAUGGAUUUUACGUUCGAAAAUUAUCGACUCGUUCCGUUUGGCGACCACGCUCACAUUGAAGUCCUCAGCGAUAAAGGUGUUGAUAGACUUCCGCUGUACCAUACGGGCGGACUAAGAUUUUUGUACGACGUUAAAUUCGAUCAGGGCAUGGUCGCCUUUCUCGAAUGUCUGGCACAGUUUAAGAACGAAGUCGAAAAACGAAACAGCGAUUUCACGCUACCGUACAGUAUGUCACAAGGCACAAUUACAGAUAACAAUAGUGAGAAGGCUUAUUCGAUCAAAUACCAAAUGAACAGCGAAGAGGAAUGGACGAAAGCACUGAAAUUUAUGCUCACUAACCUAAAGUGGGCUGUUGCUUAUUAUACAGCCGAUAUCUAAAAAGAAUUGGUUAUCAAUAGAAACGUCUAAAGUUUCGCGUCGAAGUAGGAACUGUCCGAGAAUAAAUGGUAAGAUGAAACUCAAAAGGGCCGAGUAAUUGAAUCCGUGAAUUGGUAUCCAGUUAGUUGUUUCAUGAACAGUGAGUAGUUCGGUAGUGAGAUAAUAUUGAAGAACAGAACAAAUAAUUAUCAGAAAAGUAAUGCUAUCGCUACACCGUAUUGACUAAGUGUGUGUCGAACGCGUUUUCGUCAACGUCGUUUUUGUGGAUUGAGCUCAGUACGCAAAGUAGGCUCUGCCUUUACAUAGUAUUUUGAACGUUUAUUAUCACAUACAUAAGUCUCAAUAAGUAUCGAAUGUGUAGGAAAUCAAGUGCUCAUUAGGGGAAGCUAGGGAAAAAUAAAUGUGAAUUGCUAAGUUUUUUAUUUUAAAUACUUUGGCCAUGUUGAAUAUCAGCCAGUUUGCAUACCCCUCCGUAGUGGCAGAGAGGAAAAUAACGUAAAUAAAAUACACUUGUCUAUUACUUAAGAAACCUCGAAGAUACUGUGUUCUGUUUUAAUAAUAUUAGUUUUAUUUCUUUAGAUCCAAUAAUUUUGGUGGCUGCAGUGUUAAUGAAAAAAAAAGCGACUUAUAGGCGAAAGACGUUG